AUGCCGAAGAGUGGGAGAAUCGAGCCAAGGCCUGUCUCACGCAUGAUGGGUGACCGCCUCACCCAGCUCUUCGCCAACAAGAUCUCCUGGACGCCUUUGACGUCGCUGCGAAGAAGCACGCAGCUCAGCACAAGGAGAAGCACUAUGAGCUUCAGCGCCUUCGUCAGCAGCUUGCCAGUACAGAUCAUGAUCGUGCCAACGCCAACAAGACCGACGGAUUGCCAGAUCCAGGCCCUGAAAACACAGUUAGCCAAUGAGCAACAAGCCCGCGCCAUGACUGAAGCCUCGAUGCAGGCCCAGUUGAAGGGUUUGCGCGACGAACUCACCAAGGAGAAGCAGGCCCACGAGGUGACCCAGAAGGCUGCCAAGCACUGGGAGUCUCUCCGAGCCAAGGAUCUUGAGACCUUGAAGGUCAAGCUGGCGGAGGCCAAGAAAGACUACGACAGCAAGCUUGCGGAGGCGAAGAAUAGGCUCGACAAGAAGCUCGUGGAGAUCAACAAGGAAUCCGAUACCAAGCUCAAGACCGCCCAGGCCAAUCGGAACCCAGAGAGAACUGCCUUGAAGGCCAAUGUCGUGGAAGCUGAACACAAGGCGCUCGAGGCCAAGAUCUCACUGGAUACCCUCGCUUCCGACAACCACAAUCUCGAAUCCAGCCUCAAUGUCUUGGGAGAAUUGGAAUCUGAGAGUCAGCAACACGUGGUUGAGCUUCACAGGCGAUACCAGGAGGCCCAUGACGCUUAUCAAGAGGCCCAAGCCGAGAUUCGAAACUACCAGAAGCUACUUGAAGAAGCCCUAGCUGUCCGCAACGAGGCGCUUGAGCAGUUGGAAGCCUCGAACGCUGGGUUCUACGCCAACCGCGACGUUCAGUCUCCUCAUUUCGAGGAGGUUUUGACGGACCCGAUUUGGGAGCGCAUUGCUAAAGAUGGCAUUCGGUUUAUCAGCCGAUGCCUGGGCCUAUUUCUGUGA